AUGCCCACAUGUGAUACAUAUACGUCAUCAUCCAAGCAACACGUACUAGAAGAAUAUCGGUCAUAUAAACGUGGUUUUGGUUUUAAAUCAUUAGCUAAAAAAUGGAAAAUACGUGGUGAUAUGCUGGUUAGAUAUUGGUAUCAACGAUGGGAUGGAACACAAGAAUCAUUAGUUGAUCAACAAAAAUCAUAUAAACAAAGGCAUCUAAAAUCUUCAGAACAAAAAAAACCUCUUCUUAAUAUAUCAUUGUCCACUGUUCGUCACUAUGGUAAAUAUGACUGGAACUUAAGAUGGAAAAAGAAUAAACAACGUCUUGAAAUCGAAGGUAUGAAAAUAUUACUUUAA